AUAUUUUGUUGUGACAAAGGGUGAACAUAUCCAAGAUGGCGGACCCCACGGCGGCGAAUCCAAACCAGCUGAACGCCUCUAAAAAUGACGAUAAAUCACUGGAUAAGCAAACAUUGGCCGCAGUUUUACAGUUCCUGAGAAAGAAUAAUCUCAAGGACACAGAAGAUCUGCUGAAGAAAGAAGCAAACAUUGAGGAAACCGAUGAAGGUGUGGGUACCAGUACAGACCAAGAGGUUACAUCAGUCUUGUCAGCUUAUAACAGUGAUGGAGACCCAUGCAUGUAUGAAGAAUUCUACCGUGGCUUACAGAACCUUAUUGAAGCAUCACUGGACUCCAGUAAGAGUGAGCUGUCGCAGGUCUUGUAUCCAGUCUUCGUCCAUAUGUACCUGGAGCUUGUCUACAAUGGCCACGAGAACCAAGCCAAGAACUUCUUUGCAUCAUUCAGUGAGGAUCAGGAGGAGCACCAUCAGGAAGACUUGAUACGACUGGCCACGUUCACCAAGAAAGAACACAUGAUACACAAUGAACUCAUGAUGAACUACAGGACCAGUAAGUAUGUGAUCCGGAUGUGUCGCAACUCCUACCAGGCCCUCAAGAGACAACUGCAUGAUCGGCAGAACACUAUGGUGCUGAAUAUCGUGGAGGAACACCUGUUCAUUGAUGUGUUUGAUGGAGUACCGCGGAGCAAGCAGCAGAUAGAAGCCACGGCAGGAGGCAUGGUAGGCCAGGCAAGGAGAGAUGCUAAUAAAAGUCGGGUGUAUUACGGCUUACUGAAGGAACCGGAAAUCUCCCUUCCCAUUGAAGAGGAAGAUGAAGGAGGAGAGGAUGGAGACAAACCCAAGAGGAAACGCCCCAAGAAAGACUCCUCAGCUGGUAAGAAGAACAAACCUGAUCCCAACGCACCGCCAGUAACCAGGAUACCACUCCUAGAGAUGAAAGACUCUGACAAAAUUGACAAGGCCAUCGCUUUGCGAGAGCUGUCCAAGAGAAUCCGUCUGGGACCCGACUGCUUACCGUCUAUCUGUUUCUACACUUUCCUGAAUGCAUUCCAAGGGUUGAUUUCUGUUGACAUCAGCGAUGACUCUAGUCUGAUGGUGGCAGGCUUUGCCGAUUCCUGCAUCAGGGUCUGGGCCCUGACUCAGCGGAAGCUACGCAGCAUGAAGCUAGGCAGUGACCUGACUCAUAUUGACAAGGAGGCCGAUGAUGUCAUGGAGAGAAUCAUGGACGACAGGACGGCAUCUGACUGCCGGACGUUACUCGGUCACAGCGGCUCGGUCUACUCAGUCAGCAUCAGCCCAGACAGGACCUACAUCCUAUCAGGCUCUGAGGAUGGUACAGUCAGGCUAUGGAGUAUGUUCACAUUCUCCAAUCUGGUCUGCUACAAGGGACACAACUAUCCUGUCUGGGACGUCCAGUUUGCUCCCUACGGCCAUUACUUUGUCUCUGGCGGUAACGACAGGACAGCCAGACUGUGGACCACUGAAAACUACCAGCCCAUCAGACUGUUUGCUGGACAUUUCUCUGAUAUAGAUUGUAUAAGAUUCCACCCCAACUCCAACUACGUUGCGACAGGCUCCAGUGACCGAACCAUUCGUCUGUGGGAUUUGCAGAACGGCAAGUGCGUGCGAAUCAUGACAGGUCACAAGGGUCCUAUUCAGGUCCUAUGCUUCUCUCCCAAUGGUCACUACCUUGCCUCUGGAAGCACCGACGGUCGCGUCUUGAUUUGGGAGCUGAGACACGGUCAUCUGGUCGCUGAACUGGCCAACCACACGGACACGGUCUAUGCCUUAGCUUUCUGCAGGGAUGGCAGUGUCUUGGCGUCAGGUGGCAUGGAUAACUGUGUCAAGUUGUGGGACGUGAAAAAGGUCUUUUCAGAAGUUGAAGCUGAGGACAUGACGACGACCCCCAACAUUGUACAAUCCGUGAAGAGCAAGCUCUUGUUGGGCUCCUACCCCAGCAAAGAUACCCCGGUCUAUUACCUGCACUUCACUCGACGGAACUUACUACUAGCUGCAGGGUCCUAUGCCAACACGUCAAGCUGAACAGUUCUGCAUGACCAGGACCAGAGCUGGAGUACUAUGUUACAGUCUCUCUGGGGUGGAGUGGUCUUUGAAUGUGUAAAACCAAGAACUGGACUGCUUGCUGGAUGCAUAGACUGUUCACGGAAUUUGUCAACUGUUUUGCAUUUGUUGCCUUUUGACGUGAGCAAAGUGUGCGAAUGUUCAUUUUGCUGACAGUGCAUUAAGAUGGUGGUGUGGCUAGAGGAGUAUAUGGGGAUGUGACCACCUCUCCCCCACCCUCCCCCUCCCUCACCUACCUCCCCCUCCCCCGCUCAACGUUUGCAUGAGAAAAAUCGUCAGUCUUGUUGACAAAAUUAUGUUAACUCUCCACAAAGAGGCUACAGUGAACAGCGCCGUCUAGUGUCAAGCAAUGUCCAGUUACACAAUUUUGUCUAGUGACUUUGUUACCCGUUGCCAUCUAUUGGCAAUUGAUGCACCGUUAGACCAUACGAAUAGACUGCUGUUUGUAGUCCCGCCCCAUGACGUUUCAGACCAAAUCCAGAGUGGUCCAUAUUCUAGCACCAACUGUGCAUGCAGAACCAACAAGCAUGCUUUUAGUCCAGGGUGGGAAGCUUAGGACACAAGACAAAAACAUUGAUUUCUCAGCAUUUAGCACAAAAGAUUUGCAGACAUUGUUCAACUUUUGAUGACAUUUGUGCGAGGCAUAGCACAAUUUGGUCGCAAUCUGCCUAAGUGAAAACAUUAGUAACAGCAGAAUUGCUUUACCCAUUUUUCCAGAAGACCAAAAUGUUAAUGAAUUUCGGAACUGGCUUUAUAAGUGUAUGGGUGCACUAUGGGAACGUACGUUUCAAUUGUGUUUACUUAGUUUUCACUAUAUAAAGUUAGCAUUUUUUCAAGCAGAUACUAUUGCUUUAUUUGGUCUCAUAGUUGCACAUGCAACCUAAGUCAAAUUUAGUGUUCUAAUAAAAGCAAAAUGGAGCAAGAAACCUGUUUAUGGAAGAGUGAA